AAGGUAUUUUUUUCCAAAUAUGGCUGCAGCUACACUCUCCUUCAGGCCGAACCGUCUCACUCCGGGCAGCUCUAUUCCUAGACCGCCGGUCAACCAAACACAUCCUUCUUUUAAAUCCACGAAGACCGAGCCCUGGAGAGCCGCGCCAAUCCUCCACGCCCGGCGAAUAUUAGCCGCUCGAGCUGGUUCACGAGCCGAUGACUCGGCUCCGUUCGAGAUGUCUGUUGAGAACGCACUCAAGCUCCUUGGAGUCUCCGAAAGUGCUUCUUUUGAUGAUAUUCUUCUCGCCAAGCACUCGAUUGUUGCCUCUAUUAAGGAUGACCAAGGAGCUAUUGCUGAGGUUGAGGCUGCAUAUGAUAUGCUGCUCAUGCGGAGCUUAACCCAACGACGAACUGGGAAAGUCGUGGACAGAAGCAUUUGAUAAGCAGAUGUUAAACCUGUUAACCCUCCCGGGGUGGAAUUGAUGCCUCGGUGGGUACAAACAACUGUGAAGAAUUUACCUGUUUCAGUGGAAACUCCAGUUUCUAGUGAAUUGGGAAUACAGGCCAGUGUGUAUGGAGCACUUAUGGUUCUAACUUAUGUGAACGGAGCUUCUACAUCCUCGGUGAUUCCUUAUGCCAGACCUGACGUUCCCGGGCUUAUCUUAGCAAGUAGCUUUGGUGCUUCCUUGUAUUUCACGAGCCGGAAGAAUGUGAAGUUAGGUAAGGCUACAUUGAUUAGAUCGGCUGUUGAAAACUGGUUGCAGGUAGAUAUCGUCCCGUUUCUUGGAAUACACUCUCCGACUACCGUUGUCGGCGAAUUCAUCCUCUUCUCCCACUUCUUGGUUUCUGUGUAUCUAAGGUAGGAGUAGGAGAAUUUCAAAUUGUGAAACCUGUAAUUAUUCAUUUGCAUGAUCAUUAUCAAGCUUUUCUAGGAUAUGCAUCAUUGCAUGUUGUACAAAACUACAAAUAGAAGCUAGUGAAACUUGCUUCCUC